AUCAAAGGAGGAAGUUUUCUCCUCUCCUCGUUCGGAUUCUUGAGGAAAUUCCACUGGUUUUUGUCUCCUUAAACCCUAGAUUCCUCCCCAUUAGUAGCAGGUAGGAUAGCUAAAUUGUGUGGGUUGAACUUCUAGACAAUGGAUUUAGAAGAUAAGUUUCUUGCCAGAGGGAAUAAAUGUAACAUUUUAAGGAUGUGCCCUAAGGAAGUCAACUUCGCUGUAUGCUAACUGCUUCCUCAAGAACCUUAAUGCCGCCUUCUCCAUCAAUGCUCUUCCAGUGUCAAACUAUUAAAAUUUGAUUUCUUUUCUUAUUCUUUUCACUGUGAGGAAGGAUUGUUGUCAAUCAGCUGCAUUCUCUUUUAAAGUUAAUGUUAGACAAUGAGUGGAUGCCAAUUUACUUGGUGUCAUGACCUUUGCUCUCUAGCUUGUAUUCUAGAUCAAUUCAAUUGCUUUGGAGAUUAUUUCUUUCUGUUCCCCUUUGUGGCUUUACCCCUCAACCAUCCUUAAAAUAAGUGAUCUCUGACUUGUGAUGGUAAGGCUGCUCUUUCUAACAUUCAAUUUGUUGUAUGGUUUUAGAUUUAUGCCAUCAUUCUAGAUCUACCAAUCAUAUUCCAAGUCUGAAUGAGGUGAAGAUGCUUGAUGUUUGAGUUGAAUUAAAGGAAUAUGAGCUUAGAUGAGAUGAAAUACAAAAUUUUUAAAUGGAUGAGUUGCUGGGUGACCUGUAAUAUAUUUUGCUUUUGAUGUUUAUUAGUGCCAUAGUCCAUAAAUUGUUGUGUUAGUGAAAGUCCCAAAUGUGAGGUGGAGGAAUGACAUCUAAAGGCCAUGAAUGGUUUGUGUGAAAAAAAUGAUAUUGAUUUUCUGAUUGCUUGGCAUAGAUCGGUGAAGUUGGAAAGCCUUUUUGAGAAGUCCUAUUAUUCAUAAUAUCAGUUAUGGUUUUUACAAUCAUCCUGCUUUGGAAUUUUAAGGCAGUAGUAAUUUUUUCUUCUUUCUCAGGUGUUCAAAGCCUUUCCUCUAGUGUGCAAAGCACCCCUGAGAAAAAUGGCCAUUCAGAUGAUGCUUCAAGAAGUCCAGAACUCCUCCAGGAGUUCCUAAAAUCUGGUCCAAGGAGGGAACUUCUUCAAAUCUGCUUUGAUAAAGACAAGAAAAACUCAGCUUCAUCAAAAAGCAAAAUGACAGAAGCUAUGAAGACAAGCAGCAAGAUGUCCAAGAAGCCAGAGCCUAGAAAAGCCUUGUCCAAUUCCAACGGUCAACCUUCCUCUAAGAAGCAAAGCAGAAAGGGGGAAAACCCAGUGCGACUGCCCCAGGUUCCUGAACAAUCUCUGGAUGUUGCAUAUUCAUACUCAUGGAUCUGUAAAAAUUCUGCUUGCAGAGCUGUUCUAUCCAUAGAUGAUACAUUUUGCAAGAGGUGCUCUUGUUGCAUUUGUCAUUUAUUUGACGACAAUAAGGAUCCUAGCCUUUGGUUGGUGUGCACAUCAGACUCUGGUGAGGGGGAUUUUUGUGGGUUAUCAUGCCACAUAGAAUGUGCCCUUCAACGUGAGAAGGUGGGUGUUGUUGAUCUUGGCCAAUUGAUGCAGCUGGAUGGAAGUUAUUGUUGUGCCUCUUGUGGUAAAGUUUCCGCAAUACUUGGAUGUUGGAAGAAGCAGCUAAGUAUUGCAAAAGAUGCCCGCCGCCUUGAUGUUCUCUGUUAUAGAAUAUGCUUGAGUUACAGACUCCUUGACGGGACUUCUCAGUUUAAAGAACUGCAUGAGAUUGUGAAAGAUGCAAAGGUCAAACUUGAAACAGAAGCAGGUCCACUGAAUGGAGUUUCUGCCAAGAUGGCACGGGGCAUUGUCAGCAGACUUUCUGUAGCUGGGGAUGUGCAAAAACUCUGCUCUCUUGCAAUUGAGAAAGCAGAUGAAUGGCUUGUGACCAUGGCUAGCAGAAAUCAAAAUUGUCGAGAUUCACUUCCUGCUGCUUGCAGGUUCCUGUUUGAAGAAGUGACAGCUUCCUCUGUUGUAAUUAUAUUGAUUGAAUUGUCAAUCACUUCAUCUGAUGAUGUUAAAGGCUACAAGCUCUGGUAUUGCAAGAGUAGAGAAGAGACACCUUCAAAAGAACCCAUAUGUGUCUUUCCAAGAACCCAAAGAAGGAUUUCGAUAUCCAAUCUGCAGCCAUGUACAGAGUAUACCUUCCGUAUUGUUUCUUAUACUGACGUUGGUGACUUGGGUCACUCUGAGGCUAAAUGUUUUACCAAGAGUGUGGAGAUCGUUAAUAAGAAUGCUAAUUCAGAAGCAACAAUAAAUGGGAAGAAACAAAAUAACCUCAUUGAAGGAAGCUCUUUAAGUCCCAAGAAGGAUUUCAAAACUAGUGCUGCAGAUGGUUCUUCUGGUUUCAAGGUUCGAGACCUCGGAAAGAUGCUGCGCCUGGCUUGGGCCCAAGAGCAUGCCUGUUUUGAAGGGUUUUGCAGUGCUGACAUAGAAAAAUGCUGUGAAGUGGGCAAGGCUGUCAAGCCUGAAACCGUAGAAGAGGAUCAUUUGCCAAAUGUUUCACGGGGGCUUGACUUAAAUGUUGUUUCAGUGCCUGAUUUAAAUGAAGAGCUAACCCCUCCAUUUGAUUCCUCCAGAGAUGAAGAUAAUGGCUGCACCUUGGAGCAGGCUGUGGAGGCAGUUGAUGAUGCCGCUUCUCAUGACAUGCAAAAGAAUGCUUUGGCCAGAUCUCACGGUAGUGGUGACUCCCAAACAUGGACUCAAAGGACAACAGGAGAGGUCCCUGCUGUUGAUUCCUGUGCAGAGUUAUGCAGGAAAAGAAAAGCAAACUCUAGUGAAGAGACACAUGACUGUGAUAGCACUCUGAUAAAUGGGUCACCAUUCAGAAUCUCCAAUGGUUCAGGUCAAUUGGAUGAAAACUUUGAGGACUAUGUGAAGAUAAUCAGAGGCCUGGAAUGUGAGGGUCAUAUUAGCCAGGAAUUUAGGUUGAAACUACUGACAUGGUUUAGCUUGAGAUCAACAGAACAGGAGCGUAGGGUGGUCAAUACCUUCAUUCAAACCCUUAUGGAUGAUCCAAGUAGCUUGGCAGGACAGUUGGUUGACUCAUUUUCAGAUAUCAUAAAUAGCAAGAGGCAACGCAAUGGAUUCUGUUGUAAGUUAUGGCAUUAGAUAGAGCCAGGGCAUUCUAAACCCAGAUUCCUAUUUGCUUUAGAGAUAAUUUUUUCCAAAGUGAUAAAUUUACCCCUGAUUGUUUUGCCGAACUUGUACAGGCAUUUUUUCCAAAUCAUCCCAAAAGGUGAUCUUCUGUAGCAUGAACUAGUCUGUCCAGCUAAAAAACAUUUGGGUUACUCAUUACUGGCAUAGAUCAUAUUUUCUUUGAAGGGGCGCCUUGGACCAUGAGGUUUCAUGUUUUAGUAGGCAUUUUCCAUUUACCUAGAACACCUAGUUACAUUUGAAGUAGCAAAGCAUCUAAUUUAUGGAGAAAGUAUAUGUAUGGAUGCUAGUUUUAUUGCCUUCUAUAAUUCAGAGGAGGGUUUAUCAACUGAUCUUAGAUUUUAUCUGGUUAUUCAUAUUUUAUUCAAAGAAGCUUCAUUUUCUCAAUCUCUCUUGCUUCUUGGCGAAUUUGUUGUAUGUCUGUUCAUGUUCUUGCGCAGAAUGUUUAA